AAGUAUGCACGCAUAAAAAUAUAAUAUAUAUAUGCAUUUGAAGCGGCGUAAAACAUUUCGCAAACUUUUCGAUACGCAUAAAAAUGGCAAUCCAACUUUGCGUUCUUUUUAUUACGUUAUAUGGUGGCCAUUUUUUAUAAGCAUAUAACUUUUCCUGUGCCCGCAUAUAAAUACCCAGGGGUGAAGUGCGCGUAAAUCGUGCCUGGGCGAACGCAUACACGAAAAAAAAAAAAAAAAAUAAAGAAUAAAGGUGGUGUUUUGUUGCUUAUUUUUAUGCUUCUCUGUUUAAAAAAAAAAUCUCAGUUUAUCUGAAACGCUUUAUGAACAACCAGCAAUUUUUUUUUUCGAAUUUUAAAUGUGAAGAAAGCUUGAUUUACGUAGUUGCCUUUUCCGCAGGCCGGAAUAAACAGCAUAUAAAAAAGAACGUACAUUUGUAUGCAUAGCUAUUUUUGCAUAUCAUCCCUGUAUAGUACUUUUUAACUUCUUUUCGUGUUGCGUUUACAGUUUUUUUGGAAAUGGUGAAGUACGCGAAAAAGUUGAGGGACUAUGGGAAAUGCGCCAAAGGGGCUGGCAUGGAUUUAAGGGUCCACUUCAAAAACACGUACGAAACGGCGAGGGCUAUAAGGAGAAUGAAAUUGUUAGACGCGAAAAAGUACCUGAAUGACGUCAUCGAGAAGAAGAGGUGUGUGCCGUUCCGUAGGUACAACGGAGGUGUUGGAAGGACCAACCAAGCCAAGGAGUUUAACCACACGCAGGGAAGAUGGCCCGCGAAAUCUUGCAAGUUUCUGUUAAACGUGUUGGAUAACGUGCAGGCCAAUGCAGAGGCGAGAAACCUGGAAGUGAGCAAGCUGAGGCUAAUCCACGUGAUGGUCAACAGAGCGCGCGCAGGACGAAGAAGAACGUUUAAGGCGCACGGCCGAAUCAACCCCUUCAUGUCUUCCCCAUGCCACAUCCAAGUAAUCGCAAAGGAGAUUUCCAAGCCAGCGAAGAAGUCCCUCCUGACGAACGCGGAAAAGCAGAAGGAACUGCCCUUCAAAAUUACCUUAAAAAAAUUGAUUAAAUUAAACAUUUCGAAACAGAACUUUGCAAAGAAUAAGAAGAAGGCCGCAAAUUAGUUUUACAAAUUGCAUGCACGUUUGCAUAUUUUAACUUUAACCUGAAUUUUAUUUUUCCCCUUUUUUUUUUUUUUUUUUUACGAAAUGUUGCUGCGUCAAAUGCUGACCGUUAGCGCGAAAUGGAGCUGUCUGCGAAAGGCGUUUAAAAGGAGGAAGCGGUAGAGCGGUAAAGCAGCAAAGUGGCCAUCACCCAUGUAUAUGCAUACGCAUAUGCACGUUCGUGCGUGUACCCCGUGCAUGAUAUGCAUGGUCGAACGGAACAAACUAAAUGCACAACUGUAUAAAAAUAAAAAUAAAAAAAAGGUGUU